GCCUCAGCUUCCGGCUCUAGUUUCCUUCUCCACGCUUGACCUCACCAUGUCCGAGACUGCGCCCGCCGCUCCUGCCGCUCCGGCCCCCGCUGAGAAGACGCCGAUCAAGAAGAAGGCCCGCAAGUCUGCAGGCGCCGGGAAGCGCAAGGCGUCUGGGCCCCCGGUGUCCGAGCUCAUCACCAAGGCGGUGGCCGCUUCCAAGGAACGCAGCGGCGUGUCUCUGGCUGCGCUCAAGAAAGCCCUGGCUGCUGCCGGCUAUGAUGUGGAGAAAAACAACAGCCGCAUCAAGCUGGGUCUGAAGAGUCUGGUGAGCAAGGGCACUCUGGUCCAGACCAAGGGCACCGGCGCCUCUGGCUCCUUCAAGCUCAACAAGAAGGCAGGUUCCGGGGAGGCCAAACCCAAGGCCAGAAAGGCCAGCGCAGCCAAGGCAAAGAAGCCCGCUGGCGCAGCCAAGAAGCCUAAGAAGGCUGCCGGGGCCACCACCCCAAAGAAAAGCGCCAAGAAGACCCCAAAGAAGGCUAAGAAGCCUGCGGCUGCUGCUGGAGCCAAAAAAGCAAAGAGCCCGAAAAAGGCAAAGGCAGCCAAGCCUAAGAAGACCCCCAAAAGCCCAGCAAAGGCCAAAGCGGUGAAACCCAAAGCGGCCAAACCAAAGACCGCCAAGCCUAAGGCAGCGAAGCCAAAGAAGGCGGCAGCCAAGAAGAAGUAAGUUCUUUUGGCUCUCUGCUUAGAGGCUUAACACAACCCAAAGGCUCUUUUCAGAGC